UUUCGGGCCUCUUGCGCUCCGUUCCACGCGGGGCGGGCGGGGCGCACUGUGCGGGCCAAUCUGGCAGAGGCGCCUAGCGGCGCCGGCGCCGGCGCUCGGCAGGGACCGGCCACAAUGGCUGCAACAAGGGCGGCUUUUUGCGGUCUGCCGGGCCGCCAGCCUUUUGGGUUCCCGGGCGGUCUCCCUGUUUCCGAGCGGCCUUUUUUUCCGGGCGGCUGUCUUGUUUUUGUGUGGCUGUCUUGUUUUUGUGGUGGCUUUCUUGUAGUUCAGGUGGCGUUUUGUUUUCGCGGGGCGUUUUGUUUUCACGGGGCCGUCUGCUUUUCAUGGGGCCGUAGAAAACGCGGGCCCGGGAAGCCUCGACGGAGCCUGGCCGCGGCGUCUUGUCUGGCUGGCGCCAGGCAAUACAUCCCGAGUGCUCUGUGUGUCCCGGCGAACAAGAGGUGGCCAGGCAAUCGGGAGGACCGUGCUGCCAACCGCUGCAGAUUGGCUGCUGUUUGGCGGGCUAAUUGGGGAGCAGCCUGGGGCUAAUAGAUGAGCUCAUUUAUAAUGGGCCCGCUGAUUGGCCCGGGCAGUGCGGGGAAUUCUGGAAGCGCGCGCCGUUGCUAGGCCUGCAGUGGGCCCAUAGCGUGGGCAGCAAAUAGAAAGAAAGCCGGCAAAUUAAAACAGAGACGAUGUGUUUUUUUUUUUG